AUGGUAACAAAGAAGAAAAAAAAAAAUAUAAUGUUAUUAGAAAAUCUUCCAUCAGAAUUAUUACUUGAAAUAUUUUCAUAUCUUCAUCCAUCUGAUCUUUAUACUUCAUUUCUUCCAUUAUCAAAUUCUCGUAUAUCACAUUUAAUAUCUGAUAUUGAUUUAUCUCUUGAUUUAACAUAUACAUCAUAUGCUCGUUUUUUACUUAUUUUAACAUAUUGUUCUCCAUCACAAAUUGUUUUUCUUCGUUUAACAAAUCAAUAUUCACAUGGUUUAUUAAUUACUGAAUUUUUUUCAACAGAUUAUUUUCGUCCUGAAAAAUUUCUUCGAUUACGUUCAUUACAUUUAGAUGAUAUUAUUGGUAAUGAAAUUGAUUGUCUACCACCUUAUCUUGAAAAAUUAUAUAUUAAAUUUCAUAAAAAAGCUAAAUAUGCAUUGAAAUUUUAUCAAUUAGCACUUCGAUCGACAUCAUUAAAACAAUGUUAUCUUAUUGGUGGUUAUGCAUUUGAUAAUACAACAUGUUCUCAUAUAUCAUCAACAACUAUUGAACAACUUCAUAUGGCUAUUAAAAGUUUUCCUAAUGAUUUAUUAGUUUUACUUCAAGCUUUGCCAUGUUUGACUAAACUUAAAACUUGUGUCUACACUCGAUCAUCAGGAAUUCAAUUUUCUUCUUUAUUUACAUCUCCAUUGACUCAUUUGAAUAUCGAUUUACAAGGCAGUGGUGUUACUUUGACUUUGAUUGAUUCUCAAUUACUUUCUCACCUACCACGAUUACAAUCAUUAAUUUAUCAUUCAUAUGGAAAAUCGAAUGAAGACAUGAAUACAUUCAUACAAUUAUCUAGUAAACUUAGUCGUUUUCAAUUUAUUCGAAAAGGUUUAUCAGCCAAUAUUAAUAUUACACAUGGUGAUUUCAACAAUGAUCUUGUUACUGCUGUUCAAGAAAUAACUAAUAAUAAAAAUUCACGUCGAUCAUUAAUUUUACAUACUACACCCUAUCCUGAUAAAGUACUUAAUUUACCAUUUGUUCAGUGGAACAAAGUUCAUAAUUUGAGUGUUAAUAGUAAACAUAUACCUGAUGAAGAAAUUUAUGAUCGUGUUGAACGAGUUCGAAUAAAUCUAUCUGAAUUUUCUAUUAAUACAAAUAUUCCUUCUUGUCGCCAUGUAAAGCAUUUGACAUUAUUUUCAAAUAAUGAAACUAAUAAAUGUAUUAUAUCACCAAAUAUAAUAUCAUCUCUUGUUUGUCUGCCAUCAGUUCGUCAUUUAAUAAUAAAUACUCAAACAUCAUUAUUUAAUUUUAAUCAAUUAUUUACUUUGAUGUCCCUUCAUUCACUUGAUAUAGCUUGGUCUCAACUUCGUCCUUAUUUUUUAUUAUCAAAUAUAAAAAUUCUUUCUCUUAUAAGUGAAUGUGUAUCAUGGAAAGAAAUUCAAUAUUUAAUUAUUCAUUUAAUACCUCAAUUAGAACAUUUACAAAUGAAUGUAACAACAAGUAAUGAAUGUCGACAAAUUCUGAAUUUUUUAUUAUCACCUAAAUAUAAGAAUAAUUUAAUAUCAAUUAAAAUUUGUGUAUGUCAAACAUUGUCAGAUCAAAUAAAACAAGAUCUUGAACCAAUACUACUAUCUUCACAAUGGAUUAAAGUUAAAUGGCGAAUGGAUAACUGGUAUUUAUAUAUUUGGAAAUAA